AUGUCGCGUGCAAUUUCAAAACUCCCGAUUUUCUCACUGCUUCUGCUUUCGCUAAUUCUUUCGCCAGUCCGUUGCGACGCUCGCCGAGGAGGCAGGCCGAGAGGGCGACAGCGGCCCGUCGAUCCGGUGGCCCCAGGUGGAGCGCAACACGCGCAGGCCGUCGCGCUCUUCAAGGCAUGGUCUUACAUGUACGGGCUCGUACCGCGUGCUAACUACACCAGCAGCAGCACCGAUAUAAGCACGGACCGCGCGCACGCCGCGCAGCCGCCUUUAUUCCCGCCCCGAACCCUCCGCCCCCCACCGGGCUUCGCCUCGAGCGCAUCCGCGGGCGGAGGGACCGGCGGCGGGCGCGGGGCGCGCGUUCCGUUGGCCCCGCACAUGGAGAACUGCGCGGCGCUGACGCGCGCGCGGGAGGCCGCGGAGGUGCGCGGACCCGCGGGGGAGAUGCCCGCCUGGGCGCGGCCGUCCAACUGCUCUGAUUGGUCGCCGGAUCCGCCCUGGAUCCGUGGCACGGACGCGGCCAAUCUCGCGAUGACACGUGUCGUGCAGACAGACCUCUGGGGGCACCAGUUCCCGCCGCCCGGCUCCUGCUCGGGGGAGGGGGAAGGCACGAGGAAGCUUCUGGUGGUGGCGUGGCCGCCCGUGCAGGGCUUUGGCAUUGGCGCGCAGAUGCACAUCAUGUCUGCCGCCCUGAGCCUCGCUGUGGCGUAUGACCGCAUUCUGACUGUCUUACCUGGGAGCUUUGAGCAUGCUGCACAUGCUGCAUGCCGAGACACAGGCCACCCCUCCUCGCUCUCCUGCUACUUCCUCCCAAUUUCCUCCCUCGAGUGUGAGCGCGCGGGGGCAGCAGCAGUGGCAGAGAAGAGAGCACCGUAUGCACCGCGCAACUUGGAGGAGAUGAAGGUUGCUCUCGCCUCAGACGAGCCGGUUUUCUACAUCGCCGCCAACUUCCCGUGGCCGCUCCGAUUCAAAUUCCAAGCUGAUGCUGCCAGUCUCUGGGGAUCUCCCUGGUACGACCGGCCAAUCACAGUGCACCACGUGGGAGGCUCGCCUGCCAUGUCAGAAGAGCUGCUCAAGGUGCACUGGUGGCGAAGCCAAUCAGUUCGUUUCUUCCUGCGCUCGCCAACAGCCUACCUCUGCCAUCUCACCAAUGCCGCCCGCCACCACACCUACGGCUUCCGAGUCGCGCUCUCCCUCACCGCUGCUGCAGCUGCGAAAUCCGCUGCUCUUGAGAUGCUCCGGGGGGGAAGCAGCGGGAGCAGCAGCAGUGGGGGCAACAGCGGGGAUGGCAGUGGUGGUGGUGGUGGUGGGGGGAUGGAUGAAGCAUGGUUGGCAGCAGCAGCUAGCGGACGCCUCUACACCCCUGCUUGCACAACCCUAGCACGGAGGGGGGAGGAGGGGGAGGAGGGCACAGGCGAGGGGGAGGCGGGGCAAGGGGAAGGGCGGCGAGGGGAGGCGGGGCAGGGAAGGGGGGGGCAGGGGGAGGUGGUAUCCUGGGCGGGGUUAUCUGAGGAGCCGUACCUGCCGCGGCCGAUAGUGAGUGUGCAUGUGAGGCAAGGGGACAAGGCAGGGGAGAUGCGGCUGCUGCCGCUGCGGGCGUUUGUGGCAGCGGCGCAGCACAUGAGGCGGAAUGCGCCGAAUCUGAACCACAUCUGGCUCAGCACUGAGAUGCAGAGUGUGGUGGAAGAGGCAAAGGAGCAGCACCGGGAUUGGACGUUUCUCUUCACACAGAACCCAAGGCAGGAGGGGGCGAUGACCAUGCACGAAUACGAGGCUGCUGUGGGUGCGGAUGUGCUUAUAACACCUUCUGCUCCAAAAUCCGCUCUCUCUGGCCGGCACUGCCAGCCGCGCGCUGGGCGGCAGCUUUGUCCUGUUGCAGCUGGCGAAUCAGAUCCAUGCUCGCCUGGGCGGCGCUGUCGGCCGCCGCCCGCUCCUGCUCCACCUCGCGGCGCAGCGAAUCAGAAAGCUCCAUUUCGCGCUCUAGAGCGCAUCGCAGGAUAA